UGGCACGCACAGCAAAACUUCUCCCUCCUAAAUUCCUUUGUUAUAAAAUUGAAAGGGUUGCAAAUACGAGAGGAUCGAGUGAAGAAUAUCUAGACAGUUCAAAAAACAGAGAGAGAAAAUGUUGAAUUCAAAGUGUCUGUUCCUCUAUACUUUCCUGCUUCUGAUUGUAUUGCAAGCCAAAGUGUUCUGUUUUCAGCACAAAGUUGGAGACUUGAAUUCAUGGACAAUCCCAACUGCAACUAAUCACGAUAUCUACGCCAAAUGGUCCAACAAAACCACUUUCAAAGUUGGAGAUUCUCUUUUGUUUUUGUACCCACCAAGCCAAGAUUCAGUAAUACAAGUAACACCACAAGCUUACAAAUCAUGCAAGCUUAAAGAUCCAAUCUUGUACAUGAAUGAUGGAAACUCUCUGUUCAACAUAACUCAACCAGGAAAUUUCUACUUCACUAGUGGAGAAACAGGGCAUUGCCAAAAAGGCCAAAAGCUUCAAAUUUCUAUUUCUGGAGAUGGAGCUGUUGUUUAUGCACCAGCAGAAAGUCCAGGUGCAAUGUCAGAAACUGCUGAUGCACCUUCUUAUCAUCAAAAUUUUGGGUCAAUCCCAACUCCAUCUACUUCAUCUCCAAUCCUUAGAUUUUCUGCAUUUUUGGGUUCUUUGAUUGUUUCUGCAAUCUGGGUUCUUGCCUAAUUGCUGUAAUCGAAGGCAUAUCAUGUGUUCAACUUUAUUAUUUAUUAUUUUUUUCAAUUUUUUGUCGGUGAAAGUUUAUAGUAUAAUUGAGAUGAGAUCCAAUUACGAAAGGGCAAAUGUGUAAAAUUGAUUGCCUCCCAUUUUUUUGAUAAAAAAUCUGAAGUCUUUGGGGUCCUAAUUUAUUA